AGAAGCACCACCACCACCACCUCCACUGCAUUCCAUCUCCAGACCGAACCCGUGCAGGAUGGCUCCGUAUGGGACCUCCUGCGUGCUGCUGCCGCUCUGCCUCGGCGCCUCCCUGGCCGAGAUGGUGUUCCGAUGCCCGGCGUGCACCGCGGAGCGCCAGGCGCUGUGCCCGCCGCCGACAGACACGUGCACGGAGAUCGUGCGGGAGCCGGGAUGUGGCCGCUGCCCAGUGUGCGCCCGGCAAGAGGGGGACUUCUGCGGGGUGUACGCGCCGAGGUGCUCCGGCGGUCCGCGAUGCUACCCGCAACCCGACUGGGAGCUACCGCUGGAGCAGCCGGUGCAGGGCCAGCGGCUGUGUGGCCCCCAGAUGGACCCGGAGUCCCCCACUGGGAGCCCGGACGCCCCCUGGGAGCACGCCAGCAGCGGUCAGUGA